AUGCAUAUAAGUGAUUGGUUUGAUAGAUGCAUAGACGGAGGACGCAAGCGCCAAGAUCUAAGUGAGAAUAUCGGAACAAGAUUUUGUGAAGAGGAUGAUGAAUCAAAAUCAGCAACUUAUACUAAACUACGGUCGGCAUCUAAACCUCACUCUACACCUCUGACUCUAAAAUGGUUGGAAGAGAAUUACGAGAUAGCAGAAGGAGUUUGUAUUCCACGAAGUACAUUGUAUUAUCACUAUCUGGAUUAUUGUGAGGCAAAUGAUACACAACCUGUUAAUGCUGCUAGCUUUGGCAAGAUCAUUCGACAACAGUUUCCACAAAUUACUACUCGGAGACUAGGGACCAGGGGACAAUCAAAGUAUCAUUACUAUGGAAUAGGUGUUUGUGAGUCCUCUAAGUAUUAUGAUGUCAUAUAUUCUGCUAAAGGUGUACAAAAUUCAUCUGAAGGGAAAAAAGAAAACUCGAAACAGAUAGUGGCAUAUUCGCCAAGAUCCAAACUCGGCACAUUGUUACCAGAGUUUCCUGAUAUCAAAGAUAUCAAACUUCCAACAAAUAUUCAAGAAGACAAGGUGAUUACAUUUAUGAUGAUGUACAGAACUCAUUGCCAGAGAAUACUUGAUACCGUCAUACGUGCUAAUUUUGAUGAGGUGCAAAGUUUCCUCUUACAUUUCUGGCAAGGAAUGCCACAGCAUAUUAUACCAAUCUUGGAUUCUCAGACAAUAGUAUUGUUGGUUGGUGUAUGUGAUUCCAUCUUAUAUAAAGCAAUUGCAAAUGUGUUGAUGCCAACAGUUCUACAACCACUACCAGAAAGUUUAACACAAGUGAUACGGCGCUUUGCCAAACAGCUAGAUGAAUGGUUGAUAAUUGCGCUAGACGCACUUCCUUGUGGUUUGCAGAAAAUAAAAUUCGACUUAGCAAGAAGAUUUGCCCAGGUUCUUCGACGACAAACGUCAUUGAACCAUUUAUGCCAAGCAUCUCGUACUGUAGUCCAUAGUUCGGAAAUAACGUCACAGAUGCUCGAUGAUUGGCUGAAUGUCGAUAGAAACAGUAUUAUUAAACAAACAUUGUACACAAUGGACAAUUACAGUGAAAAUGAUCAUCAAAUUAUCGUACAGUUGUGUUCAGAAUUUGAGAAACUGCUGGAAGACCAGGCACCACUAGAAUCGUACGUUGAAUGGUUAGAUAGUAUGGUAGAUCGUUGUGUAGUCAAGCCAAGCAUGAAGAAAUGUGGAACAUUACGAAGAAUCGCCCGACAGUUUUUGCUUAUGUGGUCUUGCUUUGGGACGAGAAUUAUAAGAGAUAUGACGCUGCACAGCUCACCUAGUUUUGGAUCCUUUCAUCUGAUGCAUCUGAUGUUUGAUGACUAUGUUUUAUAUUUGGUGGAGAGCCUACACAGUCAGGAACGCGCAAAUGAGUUUCUAAGAAUUGUCAAAGGGGAUGAAAAGGAUGAAAAAAAAGACUGA